AUGCCUGGCCUGCCCAGCCCUCCUGGCCCUGGCGGCUCCUGGCUGCAGCUUGUGCCUCGUGUCUCCUGCAGCCACCUGGGGAGGCUCCCGGACAAGGGCGGCUUUCAUCGGAUCUCCUGUCAAGACCCCACUGGCGAGAUGUGCAAAGCAGAGCCUGCUGGAGCCCACCAGCCAUGUGGGGAGCCUGCAGAAGAGGCUAUUCCCACCAUGUGCCACUCUGCUGCCCUGGCUCCUCUGACACAGGGCCCUCUACCUCUGACCUCCACCCUGUCAACAGAACCCCAAGACCAAUCCAACUUGAAGAGAAUUCCCCUUGGCACUGUUGCAAAGAGCUCACCUCCUGGUAACUCUCUUACGGCAUCUACCAUCCCAGGCAUCUUGAGUCUUGGCCUCGCAAGCUAUACAAUUUCAUUCUUGUCCUGCUGGUGGCAGACUACCAAGGCCUUGUUCUUCCCCACCACAUCACAGAGCGAGUCCCAGCAAGAACACCUGUCCCACCACCCACCAGAGGCCCCAUUUUGGGGAGGCCCUACAGAUAAGCAGAUAGAGACUGGUAACCCCUCAUUUGUCAGCCCCGAUGUCCAGAAGCUGCUGGAGAUUCUAAUCAUGAAGAGAGUAGAACUAAAGAUUUGUAAGGCGAAUGAAAAGGAUGGGUCAUUCUCAGAACAAAUGAGCUCAGACUACCACCUGAACUCUUUAGGGAAUAUGUGGAAAUCACUGGAUGCUGAGCAGGACACCAUAACCCCUCAAUCUUUCUGGGACAUGAAAGAUAAACCAGAGCAGCUACCCAGUCCUCAGCAUCUCUUACAUCCCAAGAUCUUGAGGGACCACUUAGAACAGAAAUAUAGCCAGCUCUUCUGGGGUCUCCCCUCUCUGCACAGCGAGUCUCUGGUGGCUACUACCUUUGUCUCUAGAAGCUCUUCUCAACAACAGGCACCCUUUGUUUUAUUCAAUGGAAUUUCUAAUGGCUUUCCAGUUUCCAUUCAACCUAGAACACUUUUAGGUCUUUCCCAGGCCCCACUCUUGCCCUGCCCGGGGGCCCAACCCCAGUCUUUCACACAAAACGUACCUCAGUACCAGCCCCCACCUCCAGCUCAGAUCCAGGCCCAGCCCUACCUCCCAUCUCCUCUCCUAUUUGGACCACCUUAUUCUCCACCCCAGAUGAACACCUGUGGACUAUAUUGUCCUACAUUUCAGAAUGAGCCAUCAUAUUUUACCCCAACUGAAACUCAACAUCUGGAACAUCUCUUGUUGAAGAAGCAACUGAAAAGCGGGACGCCUUUACCCUCUGUGGUCAAAAGAUCUCAGGAAGGUUUUAGCCAACUCCGUCCCAACCUUCCACAGGACAGAGGGGGCUCCCAGGCCCAAAUGUCAGUUUCUAUUCAUCAUGGGGACUUAAUCAGCCCUGAUCUCCAGAAACAACAUCUUCAAAAGAGGCUUGUCAAAGAUCAACCCAAGAGAGGCCUGCCCUGCAACAUCCACCUGUCUCUGGAAUUGAGUUCAUCUCAGUGCCAAUAUGUAGGGACUUAUCAGGCACAGGGCAAGCAAGGACCCUGGCAGCCCUCUGAUUUUACAGGCAAAAGGAGCCUGGACUCCCAGAAGAUAAGGUCCAGGUGCCUUAGGAGAUCCCAUAGGAAGAGUCAAAUGGAGUUCCAACCAAGCAAGGAUGUCAGCAGGGGUCUAAGGCCAUGCCUGAGGAGGAUCUCGAAAGAUCCCUCCAGGGCCAGCUUCCCAGUGAAGUUUCUGCAAAUGAACUCUGAAAAGGAGUUAGAAAGAUACUUGAUGAGGCCCUCCAAGAGUGACUCUGGAAAUGGCUUACCCAGUGUUCCAGAUAAGAAACACCUAGAAAAAAUCUUGAAGGCCCAUUUGAGCAAAAAGUUGAGGCAGGUUAAUCAGGGUUUUAUCCCUGUGACGGUCCGUCGAUCCUGGCUUGCUGCCAACCAUGCUUUUUCUAAGUCCCACCCUCAUGAGGAAAUUAGAAAUCUAGCAUCCUUGAAGUGCUGGAAACCCUGGGUAAACACCUCCCGUGAGCUUUCCUUCCUCAGUCGAAGCAUUCAACAGAUGCUGGAAGCACAUAUUAUAAGGUUUCGGGUGAAGCACAGGUGGGACUUAGCCAACCAGGCCUUUGAGCCCAUGAAUCUCAAGCCAUGUGAGCCUCAACCCUCACCCCUUCCAAAGUCCACCUUUUCCCCCUCAGCCACCCGGAAAUCUGGGGCCCACUCGAAAGCCAACUUUGCUAAGUUCCUGGGAAAACUUCAGCCCCAUCAGGUAAUGAAAGUGGUAACAAAAGCAUCAGUUCCCACCCCGGUGAGUCCGCUCCCUGCUCCUUCACCUGCGCAUACAGAAAUCCAGAGGACCCUGGGAAGGACUUCACCCAGUGACAGGUAUGGGCCCUCAGAGGCCCCUCUGACUACACAGGAGGGCAGGCUGCCUUAUCAGAUGCCCACACUCAAUCUCAUGGGUAGAACUUGGGAGACUGGGACUGUCUUGGAGGCCAAGAAAAGCAGCCUAAAGCCCAGUCUAAGUUCAGCAAUGACCAGCAAUAAACCAAGGGAAAAGAGUUGGGGCUGGGUCUCACAAGACCCCCACCACAACACAUUAAUACUGGGCAUGGACUUAAAGUCUCAGUCUUCAAGGGCCAAACCGGAGGCUGAGGAGGACCCUGCUUGGGAAGUCAUCUUGGGGCCCAGUGUGCUGGCCAACUCCCAAACCACUGACAUGGAUCUGAGGAGAUCAGGAUUUCCAGCCACUAGGAAAAGCCUGUCACCACCAACAAAGUUAGUUGCCCAACAUCCCAAGGAGCCAUGCUUUAAAACACAAGUGACUAGUAAGUUCAAGUUCGGAGACAAGGUAGAGUCAAAGGACCAGCCUCAAGAUGAGUUCCUUCAAGACUCGCACACUGGCAUCCUCCUUCAAGACUAUGCUACUGGUAACAUCCUCCAGUACUCUGCCACCAAUGUGCUCCUUCAAGACUCUCACACUGAUGUGCUCCUUGCUGCAGACAUCUUGGCUCGUCAUAGGUCACUGUCCAGUUCCCAGGGGGAUCAUGCUAGUGAGGACACAUGGGAUUCCCAGGUAGUACCAUAUGACCUCAACAUGAGUGAACAGAGCAGCCAGGGGCAGCGGGAAUGCAGAAAACCAAAACUUAAGGACCCAUUUAAGAGCCAGAAUGACACGUUUGCCCCAACUGAGACAUGGAGGGGUUUUAAGAGGCCCCAACCAGGAGAGCAUGGAGAAACAAAAAGCCAGAGCAAGGUGCUCGCCCCCGCUGGGGAUUGGAAGAGUGCGAGGAAGCUCCAACCAGGAGAGGAUGAAGAAACAAGGAGCAACCAGGGACAGCAGACACCCAGGAAACCAAAAGUUAGGGACCCACGUAAGGGCCAGUUUGCCUCGGCUGAUGAGGGGGAGGUCUGUGAGAGCCUUGAACCAGAAGAGGAUGAAGAAAUGAACAGCCAGAGCGAGAUGUUUGCCCCAAGUGAUGAGAGGAAGGAUGAUUGGAGGCCCAAACCGGGAGAGCAUGGAGAAGGGUUUUCAGGACUAAGGGCUUCUCGAGCCAGUGGGAUGAGGCGCCCUCCUCGGGUCAGGAAAAGAGGAGGGUCCCUUAGGAGCAAAUACCUCCAGCUCUCGCCAGGGAACGGACAGCUUUUACCAGGAAGCUACUUCCGAAAACGGAUGAGGCAAUUUCUGCAGUGCCUUAGCCCCAACAAAAAAAUCAAAGGAAUGGAAGAAUCCCUUCAAAAAGCCAAGCCUGCAUCAGCCACUGCUCAGUGCCGGGAACCAGUCAAAGCCAACUUCAUUGUAGACAGCGGGGAUAUUGAUCCUCAGGCAAUUGGAAAAGCUGUUGGACAGGUCCUGAUAGAGAUAUUGGGGCUCCACCAAGGAAUCCGUGCCUCAGAGUUGAAUCAGCAUGCAGAAGAGCUCCUGGCCCCAGCAGGUGGGCAUUCCCACUACCACAGGGUUCUCUCCUCUUCAGAACAGAGAAGAGUGUCAAAGGAUACAACCUACAGUAACCACGCCACCCCCAAGGACCACAGCUAUCUUAACACGAGCAGGCACACCAGAGACAGGGGCAACAAGUGGGCCUUCCCAACCAAGGAGCCGGAGUCCCCAGUAAGACCCCGCCAGCAUGGACCAAGGCUGGCAGGUGACUCAAGCCACCUGCACCAUCGCCCAACAUGCUGUCCUCAAAAGUGUGCUCCUUCUGGUCAAUGA